AUGGCUUCCAGGAAAGACGCUCGCCUUACCCAGAUUCACCCUUCACCCGAUAGUAACAUCGAGACCGACAUUGACAUUAUCGCGAUCCAUGGCCUAGAUACGAAAGCCCCAGAAACGUGGACAUGGAGGGACCGUUGUCACCCGAAAAACAAUGUUAACUGGCUGGAGCAGGAGGACAUGCUCCCACACAACGUUGGCAACGCACGGAUCUUCGUUUGCAACUGGGAGGCCGAAAUGUUCCAAAAGUCUACCCCUACCAAUCUCGAAGAGUCCGCCCAGAGCUUCCUUCGCAUUAUGAGACAUCACCUGGAGCAACGAGAACGCGGCGCGGCUGCAAACCCAGUCCUCUUUAUCGCUUCUUGCUUUGGAGGCAUUAUUUUAAUAAAAGCCCUCGAAAUUGACGACACAUGCCGAGAAAAGACAUUGAUAAAAGCGACGCGAGGAAUCGUAUUUCUUGCAACGCCAUUCAAAGGCACUUCCUUCAAGGAUGUACCUGAUGCUGCUUUAAAAGCCGUAGCAUUGUUUCGAGAUCAGGCGUUAACAAACCUCAUCGACUACGUGAACGAACCAAAAUCCAACGCCAAAGAAUUGUUGAAACGAUUCAUUGACAUAAAAUCAAGAGAGUGCUAUGAAGUCUGUGCCUUCUGGGAAGCUGAAGGAAUCAGCCUUUUCAGCAAAAUUUACAUGGCUUGGCUGUUCUCUAAGCGGGCAUUUGCGCUUUGGGGACAGUUGGUCGAUGAGAACUCAGCAACAGCUGGUUGGACUUUCGAGGGUCAACGGCUCAAACGACCUCACGGCCGCAUGAACAAGUUCAACAAACCUAAAUGUCCAGACUACAUGCAGGUUUCCGGAGAGAUUCAGAAGAUUUUGACUAGUAUUCGUAAUACGGAGACGCCACUAGAUCGAGUCGACAGGCAAAUUAUCGAACAAUAUCGAAGCGAGGGAGGGCGACGCCUCAAUAUCGAAAGGCUCUCUGGGCAGAGGUUGCCGAUGGAAAAGUGUUAUAUUAAUCUUGCUAUUUUGGGAAAAGGUAGCGAUAUCUACGAUACCACCAAUGAUCGGCACGUGCCUUCUCUCUUUGCCCGCCAGAGGGUUGAGACUCCGGCAGAGCACCUUCAAAUCGAGCUAUCAACAAUCUUCAAGCACUGUCAAGGACCAAAAGAUUUAAAACUAUCCAGAAGAAUAUUGAUUCGCGGACGUGCUGGAGUUGGUAAAACCACACUAUGCAAAAAAAUUGUCCAUGAGUUUAUUAAUGGCUCUUUGAGCGAAUGGAGAAACUUGUUCCAACGCGUCAUUUGGGUGCCAUUGCGAAAUCUGAAGGGCAGACACGACACGGAUGGAUACAACAUGAGAGCUCUAUUUAAUCGGGAGUUUUUUUCUUCGGACAGUGACCUGGACUCUGCUGGAACACUGUUAAAUGCAGUGGCCGCCGAGAGUGACAAAACUUUGUUUCUUCUUGAUGGCUUGGAUGAAGUAUCCAAUUUUCUAGCAGGUGAUGAUGAGUUGGGAAAGACUCUCAGGUGGCUAUUAAAUCGGCCCAACGUUAUCAUAACAGCCCGUCCAAGCGUCAGCUUUCCCCAAGAGCUCCGGAAGCUUGAUUUAGAAUUGGAAACGAUAGGCUUCUACCCGAGACAGGUAGACGAGUACAUCAAAAUGGCCUUUACUGAUCCAAGAAACGACGAAGGCAACAAAGGCAACACGCCAAAUACAGUGAACGAUAUUCAGAGCUUCCUUCAGAAGCACCGACUUGUCCAGGGUCUUAUUCGCAUCCCAAUUCUACUGGAUGCUCUUUGCCUUACAUGGAGCGAUACGAUAGAUGGACAUGUACUAAAUACUAUGACCGGCCUAUACCAAGCUAUCGAACUAAAAUUGUGGAGAAAGGACGUCGAAAGAUUGAGCAAGAAACAUGAUGACCAGCCGAUAAGCGCAGAGCAAAUCAAAUGCGCAAUAGGAAGAGAAAUUGAGAAUUUUAUUGGCAAUGAGCUGCGUUUUCUUGAGUGUCUUGCAUUCACUGGGCUAUACUACGAUGAAAUACACUUUACGCGUCAACAGUUGGGCUGCAUAUCAGUCGAGUUAGGGGGAAAGUUGAUGCUGGAUAAAACGUUGCCAUCGUUGUCCUUUCUGCGAACGCCAGGUCUUUCAUCGGAUCCAGCGGACCAGUCUUACCACUUUUUGCAUCUGACUUUCCAAGAGUACUUUGCAGCUCGAUAUUUUGUACGGAAGUGGAAAGAGAGAGAAGGGCCUCUUCAGGUACUUUCACUCGAUACUGAGAAUACAACGCAAAUCCUCCCCGCAGUGUUUCUACGAAAGAAUAAGUAUACUGCUCGCUACGAUAUCUUCUGGCGUUUUGUUGCUGGUUUACUUGAUGCAGACGGCCAGGCACAGCAAUUUAUCGACAUGGUGGAGGAAGAACCAUUGGAUCUUUUGGGUCCAACACACCAGCGACUAGUCAUGCCUUGCUUGAGUGAGAUAUCAAGCGACUUGCAGGGCCGCACUAUUUGUAAUACAAGUAUGUUUGACUUUCGAGACACUCGAAAGCGCCUAGAAGAGAGACUAGGCAACUGGUUGAUAUUCGGAUUAGACUACACGGGCGACACAGAUUUGGUCUUCGAAGCAGAGACUCCUGUGCGUGUCCGGCGGGACAUUUCGCUGAAGGGUCCUCCUGAUAUACGAAAACUCUUUUGGAGGGCUCCCCCCCAUGAUUAUCGGCAGAUCACAGAAGAUGUCCUGUGGGAGGCAGUUGAGACCGUCGAGAACCCAACAGAAACUGAAGACUUGCGAUAUUCUGCUGCCAGAUUUUUAAUCCGUAAUCUUUCUCUACCUGACUGGGUGAUAGAGAAGUGGACGGCGUGGGUUACAGAUCCAGACUUUGAUUCGCGUAUACGAGACAUCGUGAUGGCAGUGCUUAGGACGCAACAACGGAAAGUACUAGUAACACGGCUCAUAAACUUACACAAGAUGAAUGAAGCCGCUAAACGUAUCAUAUCUAUAACGAAACAACUUAGCCUACCUGACGAGCUUAAGCAUGAAUUAGAAACGUGGUGUUUUACUAAAGGAAAGCGCAGCAUUGCUGCCAUGGACGUUUCUAGGAAACUGGAAUGGCCGGAUAAUAUUCAGCAGAUAUUAAAAAUCCUACUGAAAAACGAGAAUGUGGACAUACAAAGGGUUGCAAUCGAGGCGUUGAAAUCUCCUGCAAAGCUCUCCUCUACAACCUUGCAAGCGAUAUCAUUACGGCUGAGGGAUGAUGCGGCAGAGGUACGGAGAAGUGUGAUUCACAUAUUGGAUAAUCAAUCAAGCUUAGCAGACAACAUCCUACAAGAAAUGGCAACGCGGCUCGGCGACGAGGAUGUCCUUGUACGAAAGGCCGCCGCAAUAGCUCUUGCCAGUCGAUCUAAUUUAGCAGACGAUGUCUUCAAGAAAUUAGAAGCUCUUUUUGUUCAGGAAGAGGCAAGAUUUCGCUUGGAGGUCAUGCAACAGUUACCUCAUGUUCUCUACUCGGGUAGAAUCUUGCUAAUGGUAGCUACACAGCUAAGCGAUGCAGAGGAACUGAAGGACGCUGCUGUGAUCUACCUCAAAAGAUAUCAUCCCGAAAUACCGGAAUACAUUCAAAGAAAAAUAGUGGAAAUGGCUAGAAGUGGAAACGCAAAAUUUCGAGCGGCCGCUAUCGAAGUAUUAUGUUAUCGAAAAUUAUCCCAAGAGGCCCAACAGCUCAUAUCAGAAGGGCUUGUGGAUGCUAAUAGAGAGGUUCGGGAAGCUGCCUUCGAGUCCCUGGGGCUUUUCUCCCGUUGGGGACUAAGCGCAAAGGCAUUGAACGAGCUCAUAAAUAAAGUAGCAGAUUUAACCAUGAACAAGCGGCUGAGCCAACGAGAAUCAAAUGAGGCAAUCCGAUUUUUCUCUCAAGAAGGCCUUUUUGCCGCCGAUGUUGUGGAUGUCAAUCUUCUGGGCGUGAUUGCAACAGGUCUUAAAGCUUCGUAUAUCGUGCGGAUGGAUGUUUGCAGGUGCUUAGAACGCCAGCCAAAUUUGCCUACAUCGAUUCUGCAAAUAUUAACAGAUCUGCUGGAAGACAAGGAUGAAUUCACGAGAGUUUCUGCUAUUAUAAUUUUACUCUCGCACAAGGAAAUGGACCAGUCCCUACCGGUGGCAACAUUAAAGUCUACAAAAUGGCAGCGUGAUUCAAAAUUUAGUCUUAUUGACGGCUUUAGGGGAUUAAAAAAGUUACCAAAUGAAGUUUUCCAGGUGCUGACUUGCUGGCUAGAUGACUUGGAAGUCACUUUUCAAGCAGACUCACUACUCUGGAGACACGAAGAGUUUUACAAUACCCUUCUAGGUGGGCCAAAGGCGCCAUUGAUGUACGAAGCUCUUCUUAGAGAAAGCUUCAAUCGCCAAAUAAGCUUGUAUGUCGAGGACGGCUACCUGUGCGUCAACAAACCAGGGGGAAUAAGAAAAGGCCGUAUUGACAAUACUCGGUGCGACAUCGUGGCGGAGAUCAAGAAGAAAAGGCCGCCAAACUACCCCUUGGCGGAUAGCAGGGGAUAG